GGAAGGACUGGGCACAGCAAAUGCCAGUGGACGUGCCGGGAGGCGACCAGUUAAACUGGGCAAAAAUAAUGCUGUGGUGGCAUCUGAACGAUUUGAUGAAGAUAGGGUGGGCAGAAAUCAGGUCAUCAGAUGUUUGGGACUUCAAGUCCCAGCAUUUUGACCAUUGACCAUCCUGGCAGGGGCUUCUGGGAGUUGAAGUCCAGAGCCGGUGAAGACCGACUUACCUGCUGCCACACCUGAUUUCAGAAAUUGGGAGGUAAUCUUUCUUGAACUAGAGCCAACUAUCAAAUGCUUGAAAAUGGCAACUUUUGGAGAGAGAACUGAGCAUCCUGCAGCAAAAAUCACAAAUCCAUCUUAAAAUGCAAUCAUGUGAUUGUUUAGACAGGAAAAAAAAUAGUUUUGCAGCUUCUGGAAUGUCUGUCAGCUGUGUUGGCUAGGGCAUGCUGGGAAUUAUAAGCCUUUUUUUCCUGAGUUCUUGAUAGUAACUGGAAAAGCAUUUCAUCUAUUUAGAAAGGAGAAAAUUUGCACAAAUCCUAAGAAACUAACAAAAAUAGGUGGUUGGGGCAAGGGAAAACUCCAUUGGGUUGUACUGGCACUUUUGAGGGGCCAGAAGUCCUGUACCCCAGUAUGGAGGGAAGAUGUGAACUGAGAGCUUUGCUUAAAAUAAAAAAAAAGUUACAGAUGCAUGCAUCUCUGUUUGGCUCCAGUGUUUAUAUCCUUCCUAUACUGUUCUGUGUAACGGUUAUUGUUUAUUGCCUAGUGAGAAUAAUAUUUCAGGCAUCUGAUCAAGUCUACUUUAAGGUUUACCCAGUCUGUUGUCACCUGUUCCACUGCUAUGUAGAGUGUUCAGAUAUUGAGAGUGCAGUAUAUGGUAAAUAGUAUAUUUGGAUUCAUGCAAAAUCAAAUAUUUUUCCCUUUUGAGCUUAAUGUAAGGUAAGCAUGUGCCUUGAUCUCUCCCAUUGACACAAUUAAAAAUGUUUUACUUUCACUGGAUUAUUUCUGCUAUGGACCAGAGUUUGUUCCUUACAUAUGGGAGGGGGCACAAUUAUGUGGUACUCAUCUGUUUCCAUACAUUGGCAAGUACUUGUAGAAAGAAAAGGUAUCUUAGCUGAAGAACAAACUUUGUUUUAAACUCUCUAGGGUUAAGCAUAGGUUAAAAUCUAUAUGAUAAGGUAUUUUUACACCAGCUUUCUUGCCACUUUUCAUUUCACAUAAUUUGUGUUGGACUAUAGCCAAACAAAAGUUACUUUUCUUAUCCAAGCUAAACUGUUUCCUGAGGCUCUGUAACUGCUGUUUGUUUGUACCAUUCAGUGACAUUUCAGAAGCCUGGCCAAUAGCAGGAAGAAGCUUGCAUGCCACUAGAUUAUAUCAACACCCUUAAAUGUCAGAAUCAGCUCUUUGCUUGGGAACUCCAUAAAAAUUGCCAGCCAGUCCAAUCCCUUAUGCUUUCAUAGACCUUUAAGCAUGGACUCUGAUGCACUGCCUUGAAUUUCAAAGACAAUGGGUGAAAUGGCUGUGGUUCUCCAUUUGCUGAUAAUUCUGUGUCUUGUUCCUGUGUUUGGUGAUAGGAGUUUGAGAAAACAAUGGGUUAUGAUAUUGAGCGUUUCAUUGGUUACGUUAAUGAAGGCCUGCUGUGCUGUAUCUGCCGAGAUGUGCUGGAAGAUCCGCUGCAGGCUCCUUGUGAACAUGCAUUCUGCGCUUCCUGCAUACAUGGAUGGCUUGUUCAUCACAGUAGCUGCCCAGAAGAUCGCCAGCCCCUUGAUCUGUCAGUCCUUCGACCACUUUACAGGUUGCCCAGUUCAGGUUGAACGGCGUAACUUAAACAGCCACUUGGCAGUGUGCGAGUAUCGGAACCGUGAAUGCCCCAAUGGUUGUGGGUAUGGCAUUCUCAGUGCUGAUGAUGCACACCACAACUGUGUGGCUGAGCUGAGAACAGAACUAGAAUUACUCAGGUCAGAGAUGAUCUAUCGAAUGGAAGAAGCAAAACUUGAGAUGGAAUCACGCUUAGAUUCCCAACGGAGACAUAUGGUGCAAAAGGAGUCACUAUUGCAAAAUGAAAUUAAAGAGCUGAAGAGUCAGAUGUCCAGGAUGAUGUCUGACAUAGGUAUUCUGAUGACAACAGAAAGACAGCAUCGUCAAGAGCUGGAACAGGCAGAGCUUGAAAAACAGGAGUUGCUGGAGUUAAUAAAGAGCCUCCAGACAGACUGUCGAUUGUCUAGGGAUGGAAACAAGAAAGCAUCAAACUUCCAACCUCUGACACGACUGGAGAGUAUGAAACGAAAAUCCCGGGAAGUGACUGUCAUAUAAGCUGAAAGCAGUUUUCAGACUCAGCUUGAAUUACUGAAUUUCGCACCUCGUCAUCUAUAUUUGGACUAGAGGGUAAUUGUGACAUUAAAACUUGCUCUGAAUAAUAUGUACAUGAAUGAGAUCAGGUCCACCAAUUUAUUCCCUUGGAAUCUCCAGACCCCUCCUACAACCAUUAGGUUUUAGCAUGAGUUCAUAUUAGAAAUUUAAUGUCUGCAGUUGAAACACUUUUUUCCAUGUGCCUAUUUUUGUUUACUGACACUUGGCUCAGAUAUUUACCUAAAUGUCUCUUUCCACUGGGUUUUUCGUCACUUAAGCCAAAUUCUGUAGCCAAGCAGAAGCUAAUGUACUUUAGGCCUUUCAGUGUGCUUGGAACUGCAGGGACAAAACUGAAAUAUUUUAGGGGACAAAGGGACCUUUUAGUGGUAGGCUUGUUGACCUGUGUAGCUAUCUCAGUUAUGAUAGCUUAAGCAGUUUAAAACAAGUUAAUAAUAUAUUCAACAGGUCAGGUUUCAAAUUUAAAAAAAGGUAUAAGUGACAUACCCAGAGCUUAAAUCUAAAGAAAGAGCAGAUUUUGUAGUGCCUUUGAUAUAUCAAUCUGUAAGAGACAGAUUUGUAACCCAAGAGCCUGCAGUAGCAGCUGUAAUAGUUAUUUUCUUCUUGCAAAUCAAGUCUCGUGGCCAAGGUCCAAAGCAAGCCUUGGGUGCCUGCAGUGUCGAACUCUGCUUGUAAAGAUAAGUCAGUUUGCACAAGACCUUUAAUUAUUAGAAGACUAGCCUGAAGAAUAUUAUUUUCAGGAACUCAAACCAAGCAGCCUCCAAGACUCCUCAUAGCAACUGGUCCAUUAGAAGUGACAGCUGCUUCUUAAUCUGAUAUUUUGCUCCCAGUCUUGAAUAAUACGCAGUUAAAUUUGGGAAAGCUAGCAAAUGUACUUUUAUAUUAACUCUUUCAAUAAGAGCAUGGGGACUUAUCUACAGCACCUUUAAAAGAUGUUAUACUUAAAGGGUUAGAUCCAAAUUCAAUCUAAUCUAAGUUCUACUUAUUUCAGCAGGUCUAUCAGGACAAAAACUGAAUUCAGCUGUAUAACUGUAGAUACUUAAGAUUUCAUGAAGUUGAAGGUUACAUCAUACAGCUAUGGAGUGCUUUUCAUAUUAUGAAACUAAGAUCUUAGCAGAUCCUUUUCAAGUUAAUGCACUUACCACCCUUUCUUAGCAGAAGACCAGCAAACCUUGUUUUUAAUAAGUUAAAAUAAAUGUGUUAAAUAUGUUAAACCUAUUCCCUCAUUAAGCAAUGUAUCAUGAUGGGAAAACAGUAAAAAAUAGGUUUUGGACUAACACAUCUUUCAGCAGUUUAGCUGCUACCAAACAUCAGACACUGAAACUUGUUGAGUGACAAGAAUAGUUACAUUUUUUAUAUACAAGAUAAAUUACUAGAAAAGGUUCAGUCUGUGAACUAAUAAAACUAAUUUAUGUGCAUGUGGAUGUCUACAGAUAUUGUUUCUGAAGUCAAAACCAGUUGUAGAUACUUACCAUAGCCAAAGCCAAAAAAGGAAUCAAAUUGAA